AUGGAAGAACUUCAUUUUUUUCCAUUUGGAGGGGGGCCUAGACUUUGUAUUGGACAAAACUUUACCAUGUUGGAAGCAAAGAUGGCAAUAGCAUUGAUUUUGCAACAUUUCUCGUUUGAACUUUCUCCAACCUAUGCUCAUGCUCCAACUACUGUGAUUACCCUUCGGCCAAAACAUGGUGCUCAAAUCAUUCUACAUAAAUUAGAAAUAUAA